GAAGAAAACGAACUUAGUCGAUAUGACCACUGGGAGCACAGCUUCAUUCCUUCUGGCACUUCUAGUUGCAGUUGGCUUUCAGUUUGGUGGUACACGCACUGCGUUCGUCAAACGCCACGCCGUGCGUGGCGCUGCUCUGACGCCGGAGGACUACUUUUCCAGCCUCGUGGACCAGUUCGAUGAUGCCGUCCGCAGUCUGGGAUUCAACAACCUAGCCGUUCACGACUUCACCAAAGAUCUUAAUUCUACGUCGUACGACGUAGAACUGAAGGGUCAGUGUGCAUACAGCUACGGCAAUGUGACAAAUAUGGGCGCAUUCCUGGUUGGCAAAAAUACUUGGGGAGAGACAGUAACCUAUUUUGAUGGAUACCUGCGAGGUUACAUCGACCUGCCCAACAUCGAGGUCAUCUAUGACUUCCAGGCGGCGCUCACCGUCGGCGACGUCACAGGCAGCGCCACCCACGGAUACCCUAACAACCGAAUCGAGGUGACUGUGCAACGUGACACGAACGUCGAGGGUUCUACACCUGAAGCUUCAGCAAUGGCGAGUGCUGUCUCCUCAGCGAACUACACUGUGUAUGUACCCGACACCGAGGUGACGAGGGCUAUUGCCCUAGAGGCACGUCGCGGGACUGGUUACAUCUUCUGGGACGACGUGUCGGCAUGGUGCAACGACGUGUUUCCACCUCUUCUGCAACAGAUUGUCGACUCCAUGGAGUUUCCACUCUGAAUUCCUG